CCCGGCCAGCGGCGGCGCUGCCCCCGGCCUGUGCCUCCGUCAGCCGAGGCCCGGGUGUGUCAGUCUCUGGCCGAAGGUAAACAGGCGGCAGCUGCGGAGUGACGGGGAGCAACAGGAGCGGCAGGUGGACGAGGAUUUCUUAACUGACACUUCGCCAUGUCGUUCCAUACGUGUGGUCCCAAUGAGGCCAUGGUGGUUUCAGGCUUCUGCCGGUCUCCGCCAGUGAUGAUCGCUGGAGGGCGGGUCUUCGUCCUGCCAUGCGUCCAACAGAUUGAGAGGAUUUCGCUGAGCACUCUGACACUGAACGUGAAAAGUGAGAAGGUGUACACCCGCCACGGUGUCCCAAUUUCCGUCACAGGAAUCGCACAGGUGAAGAUUCAGGGGCAGAAUAAGGAGAUGCUUGCAGCUGCCUGCCAGAUGUUCCUGGGGAAGUCGGAGUCUGAGAUCGGGCAGAUCGCCUUGGAAACACUGGAGGGUCACCAGAGGGCCAUCAUGGCUCACAUGACUGUGGAGGAGAUCUACAAAGACCGGAAGAAGUUUUCGGAACAGGUUUUCAAAGUGGCUUCCUCUGACCUAGUCAACAUGGGCAUUGGGGUGGUUAGCUACACCCUGAAGGACAUCCACGAUGACCAGGGUUACCUGCACUCACUGGGCAAGUCCCGCACGGCCCAGGUGCAGCGAGACGCCCGGAUUGGAGAAGCUGAGGCCAAACGGGACUCGGGCAUCAAGGAAGCCAGAGCCCAGCAGCAGAAGGUGUCGGCGCAGUACGUGAAUGAGAUUGAGGUGGCCAAAGCCCAGCGUGACUUUGAGCUGAAGAAAGCAAGCUACGACACGGAGGUGAACACGAGGAAGGCUCAGUCCGACUUGGCCUACCAGCUUCAGGUGGCCAAGACCAAGCAGCAGAUCGAGGAGGAGAAGAUGCAGGUGCAAGUGGUGGAGCGCACCCAGCAGAUCCAGCUGCAGGAGCAGGAGAUCCUCCGGCGCGAGAAGGAGCUCGAAGCCAAGGUGAAGAAGCCGGCGGAGGCCGAGCGAUACAAGCUGGAGAAGCUGGCCGAGGCUGAGAGGAUGAAGCUCAUAAUGGAGGCAGAGGCGGAGGCGGAGUCCAUACGGGUGAAGGGAGAGGCGGAAGCCUUCGCGAUCCACGCCAAGGCCAAAGCUGAGGCCGAGCAGAUGAUCAAGAAAGCCGAGGCUUUCAACGAGUACAAGGACGCUGCCAUGGUGGACAUGGUGCUGGACAAGCUGCCCGAGGUCGCAGCUGAGAUCAGCCAGCCCUUCUCGAAGGUGAAGAAGAUCACCAUGGUGAGCAGCGGCAGUGGGGCGGUGGGCGCCUCCAAGAUGAGCGGGGAGGUUCUCGACAUCAUGACCAAGCUGCCCGAAACCAUCGAGAGACUCACUGGAGUCAACAUCUCCCAGGCAUCCAAGAGAUCCAGCCGGAUGUCGUAAUCUGGAGGCAAGCUCGAGGACUGCACCAUGAGCGACCGAGUGUCGGUGCUUCCUUCCUACAUGCGUUCAUCCCCGUGCCGCUGUCUAGUCUGCAUGUCUUCCUCAUGUAGCGUUGUACAACUGGUCGCAGUCAUCACAUUAGUGAACCAAUCAAAGGAAAGAGACACACCUGUAUAGUACUCCCACUUAAGAGGUAGAGAGUUCCGAUGAGAAUCAAACAAAAAAACUACAGAUGCUGGAAGCCCGAAAUAAAAUGGUGGAAGCACUCAGCAGGUCGGGCAGCAUCUGUGGAGGAGCAGCGUUAACGUUUCUGGCGGAGCACCCUUUGUCAGAACUGGGAAGGGAAGGUUAGUAUCCAGCUGCAGGCACCAUGGGGGGAGGGAUAAAUGGGACAAAGGGAACAUCUCUGAAAGGGUGAGGCCAGGGUUGUCAUGGGGAUAAGCAGUCAUCUUGUUGGUGGGUUACUGGGGGCAGUUGGGGAGGGCAAAUGCGGUCAUAAAAGCCACGUAAUGAGGGCGGUCUACCAGGUGAUCUGGCUUACAACUUAUCUCCAGGGCAACCUUGGCCUCACUCCAUCAGAAAUAUUCCCUUUGUCCCAUCCAUUCCUCUCCCUACAGCUUGAUGCUAACUUGCUUUUUCCCUCUUUUCCAUUUCCGAGAAAGUGUCUUCAGCCUGACACAUUAACUCUGUUUCUCUCUGUCCCACCCGUUGAAUGUCUCCAUUGUUUUCUGUUUUUAUUAGGAAAACUCCAAAGAUUCCCAUCUGUCCAAGAAGAAAUUCCUCCUUGCCUGUGCCUUAACUCAUCGCCCUAAAACUCUUCCCCCAGUUCUGGAUUCUCUCAGUAUCUAGCCCUGUUGAGCCCCCUGUAGGGCAAACACGUCUCACUAAGAGCACCUCAUUUUUUUCUAAACUCGUGUUAGGGUUAAUCCGCUGAACCUUUCCACAUAAAACAACCUCUCCAUUCCCAGGAAUCAGCCUGAGAAAACCUUCUCUAAAGUGCCUCCAAUGCAGACAUAUCCCUCCAGAACCAACCAGAUCAAAGGUCUACACGGUGUCCAGGUGUGGUCUCACCCACAGUUGUAGCAAGACUUUUCCUUCCUUUGAAGCUCCGUCCCCUCUCCAGUUCUGUAGGUCAAUGUAAAUCCAGUCUUAAAUCUUGAGCCUGAUGUUGAAGAUUAGAUCUGUGAAGCCACCGUGUAGUUACACGUUCCCAGGGAUCGUAACUGGAAUCAAACCAUAGAAAUUCGGGCCAAGUCAGGAGAGACCUGUGUUCCCAGCUUCAGUGACCACCACUUGCCAAGCACGUUCCAAUGAAAAUUGGGUGGAGGCAAAAAUGUUUUAACUUAUUAAAAAGGGAGUGGCUUGAAUCAAACGCUGGUUAAGCUGUUAAUUCUUUGUUUUGGAAAGAGUAUUAUCGCCUUCCAGAUCGCGUGGCCCAGAGAGGUCCAGGCCUGGCUCCUCCCUAAACGUUGGCUGAGGGAGAGCGACUGUUGGGGACGGGCGAGAUGGUUCUCCUGUUGAAACCUGUCACUGCCAAGAGCUGGUGCUGCCUUUGUCUUGCAGUUGCUUGAGGUCAUUUCCACUGCCAGCUUGAUUUUCCACCGACGCUGCCCUCGACGUUGGCAAGUCGAGAACGUUACCCUUCCCUGAGGGAGCAGCCUUUCGAUAUGUGCCCAGGUUGUCCCCAUCUCCUUUCCACCACAUUUUUACCUCCACGCCCUGAAGCCCAGCGUGUGGAGAAGUCCCAAAAACCCACCGGAGACCAGAGCAAUCCACGACGUUUGUUUUCCGAAGUGCCUCUUUUCUGACUGUUUAAUUCUCUCUGCAGACCUGGUUAGUUCCCCAUUUAAGCUGGCCUGAUUUGAAAUGACCUUGCUGCCUGUUUCAUCUCAUUCAGCAUGGGCUUCAGGUCCCUUUCCUGACCCUGCCCCAUCAGAUCCUCCAAACAAACAUCAUUCAAGAAGAGUUAGAACUCAGACCGUGUAUCAAUGCAACACUCGGCUCAGUUUUUCAAAAGAUCUGGUGCUUGUUUAUAUUUUGUACAAUUACCUUGUUGCCUGAUCCUUUCUGACAGUGCAUUUGACAGAGUUUUAUACCGAAAUCGAACUAGUCUAGAUUCUCUCCCGUCUGCUCUCGAGUUAAGUGAUGUUGUUGUCCGCUCUCUUCCCAGAAGUAAAUUUUAGUCAUAAUAUAUACAGUCAAUACAAUCA